AUGUCUGAAUGGAUAUUUAUCGAUGAAUCAAAUACAAUAAAUUCACCUCCUACUCAAUCAUUAAACCCUCAUCCAACUCCUGAUCCUGAAAUAUUUAAAAGAAUUAUUAUACCAUUUCCACCAAAAAUAAAUCCAUCAGAUUUAAUUCGUAGAAAUAAGAAAAAUGGUGAAUUAUUAUCAAGAGCCACAAAUAAAUUUUUAAUUUAUCGUAAUGAAUAUUCGAAAGAAUUAUCUAAACAAUUAGAAUCUUGUGGUUGUAAUAAAUUAUCGAUGAGAGAAGUAUCUCGAAUGGCAGCUAUGGCUUGGAAAAAUGAAUCAAGAAAAGUUAAAAGAAAGUAUGAAGAUAUUGCAAGAGAAGUUGAAAAGAUUCAUGUCAAAUUAUUAUUAUCCAGUUCAACUUAUUAUCAAAUUCCUUCUUCUAUUUCAGCGAAUAAUGCUUCUACUAUUACCGUUGCUUCGAUUUCAUAUCCUAAUCAUAAUAAUCAUCAUCAUCGUAAUGUUACUCGACAUUCUCCUUAUUUAAUUUCACCUACUAUUCGUUCUCAACAUUCUCCACAUUCACCUUCAUCAACUUCUUUAUCACCAUCUUCUCAUCAUCAUACUCAUACUACCACCGUUCCUUCAAAUCAUCAUCAACAACCACAACAACAUAAUAAUCAUAAUCAUUAUACUACAAUAUUACAACAACAACAUCAUCAACCGUCAAUACCUUCAAUGCAAGAUUUUACUCAUUCCCCUAUUUACUUUUUAGAGGAUCAAAAUAAUGCUAAUCAUCAUCAUUCUCAACAAUCACACCAUCAACAACAACAACAUCAACAUUCUCAACAUCAUUCUCAACAACAACAAAAUCCUCAUUUUCUAUCAUAUGAUUAUAAUCCAAAUAUAUUUUCACAAUUGAAUCAAGAUAUUCAUCAACAUCAUGAUCUUCAUAGUUUACCAUUAUUAUCAACUUCUGAUACUGAUGAAUCAAGUUUAUUUAGUAAUGAAUCAAUUGGAAAUUCUUUAAAUAGUUCCCCAGUAAAUUUUUCUUGUGAAUUACCUGAUUGGCAACAAUAUUAA